ACAGUUGUUAUAACCCACAGGUCUAUAACCACACAAGCUCUUUCCACAUGUCUAUUGAAGAUCCAAUCCCCCGCUUCGCCCAAUUUAAGCUCGUUCUCCUUGGAGAGUCGGCGGUUGGGAAAUCGUCCAUUGUGCACAGAUUCGUCAAAGACUCUUUUGACGACCUCCGGGAGUCCACGAUUGGUGCCGCCUUUUUGACACAAACGAUCAAGUUGGCGAACGAUACCACAGUCAAGUUUGAGAUCUGGGACACUGCCGGCCAAGAGAGAUACAAGUCGUUGGCCCCGAUGUACUACCGUAACGCCAACUGCGCGGUGGUGGUGUACGAUAUCACGCAGCUGGCUUCGUUAGAGCGUGCCAAGAACUGGAUCAAAGAGUUACAGAGACAGGCGAAUGCCGAUAUAACCAUUGCACUUACCGGAAACAAGCUAGAUUUGGAAGCGGAGAGAGAGGUUUCGACGGGAGAGGCUCAGCAGUACGCCAUCGACAACGGCUUAUUGUUCUGUGAGGUCAGCGCUAAGACCGGUGAUGGGAUUAGGGACGUAUUCUACCGGAUCGCCGAGCAGUUGCCAGUGGAGGAACAGAUCCGGUCUACAAUGAGCCGUUCAAAGCCGAGAAUCAAUUUGAACAAGCCAAGCACCAACACUGAUCAAGGGUGUGCUUGUUAAUUCGCAUCCCGUUACCAUACCCUCUAAUCUUUUUGUAUCCUAACGUUUAAUUAAUGUCUUUUGUGUAAACAGCGACGAAGUUAGGUGGCCGUAGAUAUCGAUGGGGCACCUGGUGCAUCGAUGCUUGGUGAUUUCAUGUAUGCAACCCAUAUUUGAUCAUCUGGUUUUACUUUUCAUUGAAAGGCGGAAAUGUCAAAAGGGGAGCAGAUUAUUAUAGAGAAAUGCAAG